AGAGAUUGGGUAUUAUAGUGCGAUUAUUAUGGGUAUCGUCAUUUGUCGGCUUUCUCCUGCACUGUCAGUUCGCUGUAAAUGUGCUGCAGAGAAGGUCUGUGUCGUAUCCCGUAGCAGAUGUCAUCGACACCUGAACAUAGCCUCAGGCAUGCUGCCCCACGUGUCGAUAGCUUCAUUAUCAUCUGUUUGCUCUCUCCAGUGUUGCUUCUCUACUGCUUUUCGUUAACCACGUAUACUGCCGCUCUAAUCUAGGUCUCUUUCUACAUCCAGCUCUUCCAAAACAUGGCAGACCGACAAGCAACGCAACAGAGCCUCAACGCCCUGCUCUCCAAGCUCGAUGACCCCGAUGCGGAUUUGAGAUACAUGUCUCUGAACGAUCUCUUGGGAAUCCUCACCAGCCCGAAUUCAGCCUAUCUUCCGCACGACCAACACUCCUCUACAAGGAUAGCUGAUGGGUUGCUCAAGGCUCUGGAUGACCAGCAUGGUGAUGUGCAGAACCAGGCGCUUAAGUGUCUCGGUCCUCUCGUCGUCCGGUUGCCGUUUGAAAGUCUCACACCGCUCCUGAAGAAACUGACCGACCUGACUGCCUCGCAAACCAUCGACACCUCCGUCCCGAACACUGCUUUAAGAGUCAUCGUGAACGCUCUUCCUCGUCCGCAACCCGGACAGCCUGCCGCUGAGGAUGAGAAUAUGGCAUACUCGGCAAUCUCAAAAGUCUUGAUCCCUCGUCUUACUGGUCCUACACCGUCUCCCUCCGCAAGACGCGGUUCCGUCAUACAGGGAAUGUUGGAAAAGGAUUCUUCCAAGGGCUUCAGCAGUGAUGCAAUUGACGUUUCGAUCCAGACCGUGACAUGCUUUGGGUCGCUUCUUAACCAGACGGAAUUAACGGCGCUGCAAAAAUCUGUCAUGUCUAUUAUCGAUAACGACACGGCUGGUACCGUGGUCACGAAGCGUGCGUUGUCGGCUAUCUCGGCGAUUGUCCUGCAUCUUUCGGAUCAUCAACUCAAUGAGUUCGUGGGUGAACUGGUAGAGAGCUUCCAAUCCCCGCAAUUGAGCACCGUUCACCGUCGACACUUGAUUGCCACCGUUGGGAGCAUUGCAAGGAGUGCCCCGGCCAAAUUUGGGCCUCAUCUACCAACCUUGGCGCCGUUUGUCUUUUCUGCGGUGGGAGAGGAGAAUCUCCAGCAAGUGGCGUGAUCUAUGUUGGUGUUGAUUCCCAGAUAAUGGACGAGAAUUGACCGGUGUAGUAGCUGGUACAGAACUCUUUCCAACCGGUGUCCGUUGCUUAGGCGUCUACGAAGGACUUUGGUCUAGUAACGCUCUACGAAACCGAUAUUGGCUUCAAUGUAAUAUAAUUAUGAUUUGCUAGGUUUUAUGUCCACGGGCUGGGCAUGACAUUAUGAACGUGAUAUGAGAAUCCAAAUGAUAUCGAACACGACAUCUAAAGCUGGCUAUUAUACUCUAUUCUUCAGAGGGCACC